ACGUGAAUGUUAUUUAUAUAUCAACUCAAUUUUUGCUGCAGGAAACAUUGCAGAGCUGCUGUGCGUAGUGCUGUAACACGUCCUUUGUCUGAAGAAAAAGCCUCAUGUACUAUGGGUGGACAUAAUAGGAAAUGAUACUUGCUGCACACUGAUGCCCUCCAGGGAAUAACUGUACAUAUGAUUGCAAGUACUUUACAUGGUUAACCAGCAAUUAUGGGCAAUAAUGCAGAAGUUGCAUGAAGGCAGUAAUACAAUUGCCAUGAUAUACUGGGUGACAUUUUAGUGUGCUGGGGUGUGCAGAUUGACCUCAUUACUAAAUGGAUUAAAUGCAAUUAUUACGUUUUUAAGAAACCAAAUGAGACUUGUGUUUCGUUGCUGUAUAGAGUUCUAUAUGUCACCAAUGCAGAUUCUACAGGUAUGGUGUAGCCUGCGGCUAGUAUUAAUAAUAUUAAGGGGAUCCUAGAAUUCUAAUCUCAGUCGUGCACGUAUGAAUCAGUGAGGCUGACAGGCUCAGACUCUGUGCACACCUAGCCACGAUGCACACACACUGCUAUGAGCUCAGGGUAAUGUCAAGGGACUCGGUGAGAAAGGAAGGUUGUUCACCUCUCGUUUACUUCAAUAUAAUCACUUGCAUACCUCUUCUGGGCUUCUUUCAGCCCCAGUGGCUACAUGAAAGCAACACCCUGCCUCAGCCUUCCCACUGAUCUGUCUUACAGCCUGACAUCACACUUGUUUCUGGAUAUUUGUGUGUGUGUUUACAAACUAUAAGGGAGAUAUCGUGGAAUAAUAAUACUACUAAUAAUCAUCAUAUUACUAAUAAUAUUACAAGAAGCCUCCGACGCAUGCGCAUGGAUGAUGAGCAGCCAGCCCGGGGUGAUCACCCCAGCUUCAACGGAUGUGAUCAAGGCAAAGAUUUGCAGCAAUCUCCCAGCAUUGAUGGUGAAAUUCCCAUGGGAUCAGAGCGGAUGGAAAUGCGCAAGCGGCAGAUGUCAGUGCACCAGGAGACAGUGAGCGCCUCUCAGGCGCCACAGGGAGUUGGGAAUAGGGGAUCGAAUGCCUGCUGCUUCUGUUGGUGCUGUUGCUGCAGCUGCUCAUGUCUGACAGUCAGAAAUCAGGAAGAAGAGAGAACAAGAAGGUCUUCCAAUGAAAUUCGAGGUGAAGGCAUACCAAACUGUGAAGAAAGUCCAACGCCUACUCUUGAAGAUGUCAACUCUUGGGGUCAGUCAUUUGACAAGCUUAUGAAUACUCCUGCGGGGAGGAAUGCCUUCCGGGAAUUUCUCAGGACAGAAUUUAGCGAGGAGAACAUGCUCUUCUGGAUGGCUUGUGAAGAUCUGAAAACGGAAGCCAACAAAAAUGUCAUAGAGGAAAAAGCCCGGCUAAUAUAUGAGGACUACAUUUCCAUUUUGUCUCCAAAAGAGGUCAGCCUGGAUUCCAGAGUGAGGGAAGUCAUCAACAGGAACAUGUUGGAACCAACACAACAUACGUUUGACGACGCCCAGCUCCAAAUUUACACUUUAAUGCACAGAGACUCCUACCCACGUUUUAUGAACUCGGCAAUCUACAAAAACCUUCUUCAGACCUUAUCGGAGGACACCACUGAGUCUUAGUUUUGUUUCCGUUUUGUGUUUUUUAUCAAUUAAUAUUAUUAUUUUUAUUGUUAUUUUUAUUUAUUUAAAGCAAAUGAAAAAUGGGUACUACACUUGGCAGGGAGUUUAGAGCUACCACGAUACUUACCUGAAACUUCUACUCAGGCAUAUUUUAAUAUGGACUACAUAACAUUAUCUCCGGCGGAGCACUCCUCACCGCCAUGCCUGUUGAAGCUAGUGUUCCAUUUUAGUGUAUUUUCCAAGUAAGAAGAAAAAAAAAGUUGGAAAUGUUUUUAAAUGAUAUAUUAAACAUAGUAGUUGUAUUUUUACAACAGUAACUAGUAUAUAUUCAAAGACAAGUGUUACCCUGGUGGAAGUGCCUUGAUGUGUUUGUCUAUUUCCUAGGACUAGGUUGGACUCUUACUCCUUGAUGACAAUGUUUAUGAUCUGCAAAUCAUAUUAUUUAAUAGGGAGGGUACUUCCACUUGUCUUCGGGGAUAUAAUAUAUGGUUGUGUGUAUGUGCGUACAUCGGUAUGUACACGUGCACACGCUCACCUGCACACACAAUAAAUAAUCAGUUGGCUGAUGGAAACUAUUUCUGAACAACCUCCAAUUUAGCAGAUCCAGGGGCAUUGAACAAAUCUGGCUUUUACCUAAAGGCCAGUGAUUCUAAUAUUAAUGUGUGAAUGAUUUAAAUGAUUUUGAAUAAUGAAUUGUAAUGAGAGACAUUAAAGGGACAAUGUUAAAUAUUUACAUCCUUUAGAAAAACAAAAGUAUGAAACUGUAAUAAAGCACAAUAGUUUU